AUGAUGGAUUGGACGCCUAAUCUAGAGUUUCUCGCUGUUAGUGGAUACUGUCUCCUUGAUAUUCUUGAAAAUUUCGUAUGUUUCACUGUUAGGAGGUUUCCUGAAAAAAUAUGUUGUGCCCUCAUUACUGACUUGCCACAGUUCGAAUUCAUUCACAAAUCCACUUAUGCUAUUCAUUCUCUCCGCAUUCAGACAACACUACCGGGAGUUGUCAUAUGUUUCGCUGACAGUGGAGGUCUUGGAGUCAUAAAGUUUUCACAGGUUGUUGAUUUGCCUAAGCAUUCAGAAAAGACAGACUAUUUCGCAUAUAAAGCCGAAGAUCCUGUUUUAUUGUGUAUACACCCUUUUUCUUCGUUUCUGCUAAUUGGUGAUGGAAAAUAUUUGAAAGCCCGUUACUUGAUGGAAGACAAAACUGUUUUAACAACGAUUGGAGUAAAUCCUAGCAAAACAAAGGAUAUCAGUAUUCAUCCAUCUACUCCAAAUUACGCUGUGGUAUUACUUGAAGAUCAGUCAUGUAGAAUUUGGGAUAUACAUGCUUGCAAAAUGAUACAUUCUGUCGGGCUUUCUAAAAUUACUACAUUGAGUUCCAGUCUAAUCGAUAAUUGUAUUUUAUUUGGUACAAAGGACAGUCAGGUUUUAUCACUCUCUUUUUGUUCCUUACAGUGCACCCAGUUAUGUUCACUUCCUGAGCAUGUAAAUGAGGACGAUAAUGAUCAUAGUAAUUAUCUUCAUGGGAAUCCCCUCAGUCUCACAACACAUGAAAGAUCGUCAUGGUCUAGAGACGUAACAAUGAUCCCAUCUAUUUCUAAAGAAUUUUCGAACGAAAUAGUUGUUUUGACACAGUUGGACCUAUUAUCUUGCUCUACUCGGAAUUGUGAGUCAAGGUCUUUACAACUGAAGUCGACCAUAUUGGUUGUUUUGUCGCGUGCUAGACUAUACAUAAUCAAUUUAUUUAACCAUAAUAUAAUGGUCAGUUGGAAAUGGACUGAUCUUCAGUUACCUAACUGGGCCUAUAUACAUGAUGCUGGAAUCACUACAACGUCGCAAUCUGUCAAUUUUUGGAUUCGUGGUAACAAUGAUUCAGUGGCCUUUUUUACCAUUUCAUUGGAAAAUCUACUUCCAGGUGAUGAAACUAACAAUUUAUCAGAUGAUCUGUCAGCUUUGUCACUUGUUGCCAGAGAUAAUCUACUAGCGAAUUCAGUGCUGAACAGUUGCGAUAGACGUCAGUUAUUUCAAAAUAAUUCGAGUAAUAACACUCGGAGGAAUAAAACUGAUCAAUCAGUUGUUAAAUUGAACAAAUCGCUGAAUAAACCGGUAACAUUUGGUCAUGCUAUCAAAUCUUCUGGUUAUGCAAAACAGGAGCCAAUUCGAAAAAUGUUUCAUCCUAUGGUCAAUGGACGUUCAAAGUCAAUUGGAAGUAAACAUUUAAUGAAUGAGGGAAAAUUAACGAAGUUAACGAAACUUUAUCCUGAUACUGAUGAAGUUCCAAGUGUUUUGCAGUUAAGCGGAAGUCUUGACUCCUCUUCUACACCAAUUUAUAAAGUGGCAUAUUCACCCAGUGGAAACAGUCUGGCAUCAUGUUUAGGCAAUGGAAUUUGUUUAAUUGCACGAUGUGAUAAAAAUACUGUAGAAGAGAAACGUCAGAGGCUGUUCUCCUCAGCUGAAGCUUUACGUGGUCAUUUAGGUCCUGUAUUGUAUGCAUCUUGGUCUACAAAUAGUCGUUUACUGUUAACUUGUUCAUCUGAUCGAACUGCACGUAUUUGGAGAAUUGGUGGGGUGAAAGAGUUGAACAAAACACUGACGGCUAAAGUUGACUCAACAACACAGCUUAUAUUCGAUUCAAUACACGGAGGAGCGACAAAUGAUUAUGGGGAAAAAAUUAACCUACAGCGAAAGAAAAGUUAUUAUGAACCUUUUCAAGAUAAUAUAUCAUUUGGAAAUUUCUAUUACAUGGAUUCAUUUGUAUAUUUAGUCAGUCAAAAUAUUAUCCGAUUGUAUUCCUAUAGCCUAUCAUCAGAUAAUAAGAAUAUUCUUGAAAAAGGUUUUGCAAAUAAUACGUAUAAACUAGUUGGAGAAUUUCCAAUACAAACUUGUAAUCAAUUAACGUCAAUUGCAUCUGUAAAUAUUUUUUAUUCAUAUCUAAUUCUCUGUGCGGGAUCAGAUCGUCGUUUGUCGAUUUUAGACUUAAACUGUGGACAGAUUGUUCAAGAAAUUAAAUCAGCGCAUAAUCAGUGUAUAACAGGGAUUGCAUUAAAUCAGGGAUCAUUGUAUUCAAGUUUCUGCAAUACUAAUGAAAGUUCUACAAAUACUGCUACCCUUGGUACAGGAUAUACUGUCUACGCUACAGUUGCUCCAAAAGAUAAUAUACGAAUAUGGGAUCUAAGAGAAAAUCGAUAUCCUGUGAUUAAGCUGGUUCGAUUUCCAACUGAUGCCACAAUAACAACAAGUAGUGCAGCAAGUAGAAAUCCACUUGUCCCUCCAGUUACAGCAGUGUUUAGUCCAUGUGGUACAAAAUUAUUAGCAGGUGGUACAACCGAUGCCAAUCAACCCUCGCCUAUUAUAUAUGAUAUACGCAAGCCUAGUACACAUCCUUUAGCUGUAUUAAACGUUGAAUCACGUGUCAGUAGUCCAGCUACUGUUGUUGACUGGCAUCCAUUGAGGCCUGAAAUAUCCUCCGGAUCACAUGAUGGUGUACUAUCAAUUUAUGGAAUUUCCUACUGA